AUGUCGGGCAUAUUAGAAACGUUGAAUGAGAUAACUUCGGCUGUGUCGCAACGUUUUUGCUUCGUUACAUCAACUGAAGAUGCGACAUUGGCGUACGAUCGUAUGCAGGAAGUGCGAAUGCAACUGGUUUCAUGGUCGACGAAAAUCAGAGAAAGUAUCGAUGAGGUAGAACGAUUGUGCAUUGAUGGCGCUGAUUUACUUACGCCACAACAAUUUCAUACGCUUAAAGAACAACGAAAUCGUCUCGAAAAUGUUUAUAAUCAAUUAUUGCGACAUACUGAUAAAAUUAUUGAAUGCUUAAAUGAACUGGCAAAAUUUUUAUUGGAAUUUACGAAUGAAUCAAGCAUAAUGCAUUCACUGAUAAAUGAAAAAACGCGAGAAAUUGCGAUUAUUAAAGCAGAAAGUGGUGAUUUAAAUUGUUAUGAAAUGUCGCGAGCUAAAGCAAAGGCAUCAUUGGAAGAAGUAAUAUCAAGUGAAUACCGUAUUAAAGCGAUUUCAUCUCUAUCAUCGCGUAUUCAAGAAAAAUUAGAUGCAUAUCUUGUUGAAAUGCGAAUACAAUACCCCGAAACUCAGUUCACUUCCGUCGAUAUACAUGAUUUAUUAGAUACGCUGACCAGAUUACAAAAGGAUUAUGAAAUACUUUUGCGAUCGUGUCAUGAAUUAAACGCUUUCUUAAAUAAGUUAAAAAUAUGUAACGCAACUUAUUCGGAUAAUAUUACAAAGGCUGAAAAGUUAAUUGUUGAUAUCGAACAUAGUAUAUCAUCUAUCGAAGAAAUAGCUCGAAAUAAUUCAGUUGAUGUCGAUAACGCUUGCAUUUUAAAUGAAUUAGAAAGUCUACAGCAAGCAACAGUUGAUCAAAUUGCUCUCAACGAAAAUGUUUCUCGGUCGGCAUUCGAAUUGGAUAAUGCUUUAGUUGGAACAGAUGCUCAUGAUAGAAUUGUGCUUGAAAAUCAACAGAGGAUUGAUGAUCUGGAACGAAGGCAGAAACGUGUGAGGCAACGUAUUGAAGAAGAUAUCGAUUCUUGGAGGAGUAAAAUAGCAAAAAGUGAGGGUUUACGUGAAGGAUUAGCUGGAAUAUUAAACUGGCUGGAUGACAAGGAAGAGCAAUUAUCCAACGCACCUUUACUCCCUCUUUCAAUUGAUAAACUUGGCGAAAUGUAUCGUGACGAUGAACUCGCUCAGAGGGAAUUAACAUCUCAUGAAAAUGUGUUAAAAGAUUUAAGUGAAGAAAUUGCAAAGUUGGUUUCAUCGAAUCCAAAUAGUGCAAAUCGCAGUCUCGCUGAUCAAGUUGCCUUAGCGAAGAAAAAAUUUUCCUCAUUAUCAGCUAUAUCGAAGGCUCAGGGUGACAAUCUGUACGAUUUGCUUAUAGCGUUGAAGAAUAUUGAUAAAAACAGCAAACUUCUUGAUGAAAGAAUUGAGAUUGUAAACGAUAAAUUUUCUCGUGUUUCAUUAGCCGAUACGGAUUCGAUAGUUAAUAUUCGUGCAGAAUUAGAUGAUAUAAUCAGUGAUUGGAAGGAAAUUCAACAACAAAACAAUUGGAUUCACGCUGUUCCAAAUAUAAUCGAAGGCUCAUCACUUGAACAAAAGAUGACAAAAAUUGAAAAUGCCGUCGAUAAAGUAAUUUUGCGCGCAAAUGACUUAACUGAGCAACAGAAAUGCCUUCUCGACCAGCGAAAAACAUUCGAAAAUUUAAAAAAUGAAUUCGUUUGUUGGCUCAAAACCGAAGAAAAUGAAAUUAAAGCGCUUGGGCGAAUUUCUUGCAAUCCUGUUGAGUUGGAUGCGCAGAGAAAUGCUUGUGAUAAGUUAAAAACUGAUCAUCAAUGCCAUCGAUUUGAUUUGGAAAAACUCGAUGAACUUGGUUCUAAACUUGUUGAAAUUGAUAUUGAAACUUUUGCAAAAACGAAAUCGAAAUCAACAAGUGGUCGAGUAACAGAUGCGCAGGCUACUACAGUUUUUCGUGAUUUAUCCUGUUUAAGGCAACAAUAUGAUGGAAUAGGUCAAAUGAUUAAAGCACGAUUCGAAAAGAUAAAUUCAACAAAUGAAAAAUUUUGUGAAUGGGAUUUGGCGAGAGACGAUCUUUCUCGCUGGGCGAGAAAUGAAUGCAGGCUUCUGGAUACGGAAUGUCCAGUCGCUCUUAGUAUGGAUGAUGCAUCAAAAAAUAUUUUAAAACUUGAACGACUGGAAAAAAUUUGUUCUAAGGAGAAACAACCGUUGAUUGAAAAUAUUCGAUCAAAAGCUGCGUUAUUAAUGAACGAUUCUGAAUUAUGUGAUACUCAUCUAAUAGAAAUUUCUCAGGCAGAAUUUGAAACUCAUUGGUCAGCUCUUGAAGAUCAGAUGACCAUUAUUAAAAAUCGAACAAAUGCUUGUAAGCAACUCAUACAAGAUUACGACAAUCUCGAUAAAUGGUUGAAGCAAAAGGAACGAAUGGUAUCCGUUAUUGGCGCUGUAAGUGUUGAUCCCAAAGUGAUUGACAGCCAAGUUUUGCAAAUCGAAAUAUUACAAGGUGAAAUUGAUGAUCAGAAUAUGCAAAGAAAUAAGAUAAAUGAAAUAGCACAUGAACUUGUCACAUCUAACGACGCGAAUUCCUUACAAAUCGUUAAUAGAAUGGAUGCGUUAAAUCUUCGAUGGAUAUCACUUGAAGAAAAUGUAAAAACGAUGAAAGAAGCCUUACAAAAAAUAAAAAAUAUUAGUUUGCAGUUUGCUGGUUUGCAUCGAAAAAUUAAAUUAGAUUUAUUGGAAAUUCACGAGAAUAUCGAGAAAACUGGCCGUUCUGCUUUGACCGAUCAAGAUAAUUACAAUGAACAUGUGGAAAAAUUCGAUUUUCUAACUUCUCAAAUUGGUGAAGUGGAAAAAUCAUUAGAAAGUUUAAAAACUGCCGUUUUGAAUUCAAAAGCGGAAGAAGGAGCAACAAUGAAAGAAAUUGAAGCGAGGUUAAAGUGGAUUAGGGAAAAUCGAAAUCGUUUAGCUGAAUUAGGACCAAUAUCAACUGAUCCACGAACAUUACCGGAACAAUGCAAUCAAAUUGAACAGAUUUAUCAAGAAGUUUUGGAUAAAGAAGGAGAAAUAACGUUACUUAGAGCGAAAUUGGGAGAUCAGAUAAAGAAAGCAUCAAAUUCAGCUUUAAAAUCGAUUGUUGAAUCCAUAGUUAGCGAAUGGAAUCCAUUACUCAUUGAUGUUAAAUCAAAAAAGGCAAAUGUUGAACGCACAACUGAUUUGGUUAAACAAAUCACCAGCUCGUUUGAACUAUUUAAUGCUAAGCAAAUGCAAUGUAAAGCUUCUAUGGAACAACUGUCGUUAAGCAAGUUGAGUCAACGUUAUCAAAAGAUGAAUGGUGUUAGACGAACUUUCAUGAGAAAUUUAAAGAAUUCUAUUGGUGCAAUGUCGCUGAAUACAGAUGAUAAUUCAAAUGAAAUCUUUGAAUUGGAGCAACAAAUUGAGCGACAAAAUGUUGAGCUGAUUAGUCUUGAGGCUCUUGGACAAAAAUUGGAAGAAUUAGCUGCUGGUCCAUCAACAAAUAAAAUCAAACGCGAUAUAGAAAACGCUAUUAAUGAUUGGAAAAUACUUUCAAGAGAUGUUCGAAAUGUCACGGCGAAACAUAUGCAACAGAAAGAAUCUCUUAAUCGAUACGAGAAAUGCAAAGAAGAUGCAAUGAAUGUACUUCAUUCAGCUGAAGAAAAUUUGAAAAAUUUAACAUAUGAUAAAGAAAAUAAUAAAUUGACGAAAGACGCCAUCAUAAAAACGUUAACUGAUCUGGAAAGCAUUUGGCAGUUAAAAAAUCGAGAUUUGAAUGCGGCCACGAAAGAAUUACAAAAUAAUGCAUAUUAUGAUGGGAAUAAAAAUUUGGAUGAUGAUGUCGUAAAACUUGAACAAUUUUAUGCGCAUCUUACUGAAUCAUUGCAUGAUCUUCGUGAUGAAAUCGAAAAGAAGAAUGAUAUUUUCGCUCAUUUCAAAGAGGAUAUUCAAGAGCUAAAUAAAGAUUUUCGAAAACUAAUAAAUAUUGAAUUGGAACCUAUCGCACGAACUGGCGAGGAAUUGCAAAAACAAAGAAAUGAGUGCGAGAAAUCUCUCGAAUUACUCGACGAUAAAGCGAAGAAAUGUGAAGAAUUAAAUGAAAGAUGGAAGGAGCUUUCUGACAAUGGUGUUAUUAAUGCAGCCGGAAAUUUAAUGGUUUUAAAUCAAUUGGAUGAUAUCAAAGAUGAUAUAAACAAGCAACAGCAUGUGUUAAGCCAACGCAAACGAAAGAUAUCAAUGAUGGAGCAAAGUAUCACCAAUAAUCAACGCUUCGAUUUCAGUGAUAUUGACGCGAUCUGUGGAGAUAUAAAUGAUUUAUUGAGUGAUGAAAUGUUGCUUGGACCGAUUAAAACCGAUAUAAAUGAAUUACGAAGCCAACAGGAAAGCUUGAGACAAUUCAGGGAAAAAAAAUUGCGAUCUGUUGGCGAACGUGUCCAAAGCAUUACUGAUAAUUGUGAAAAUUUAAUGAAAAGUGCUGAACCGCAAGUUAAUGUUGGAUCAUUGGAAGUGAUAAAAAAUAAACUUAUGGACUUGUGGAAUGAUUUAAAUGGGCGACUUGACGAGCGAGAAAAACAAGUUUGUUCAGCGAUUCAGAAAGUUGGCGAUUAUACGGACACAUAUAAUUCAUUAAUAAUUUGGUUACAAGAUACGGAAGAAUCGAUGGCAAAUCAGCGGCAACCAUCUAUUGAACAUAAAGUUGUUAAAGAACAAGCACAUGCAAAUGACAUUUUUCUUAAGCAUAUCGAAGAAAAGAAACAAAGUAUUGAUGGAUUCAAAGCAAUGAUAGAUAGCCUUGGAAAAAUAUCAACAAACGAUUCUCAACAAAAAGUUAUGAAGGAUAAAUCAGAUGAAAUUGUUGGAAGGUAUGGGAAAUUAGUUGAGGAUGCUUAUAAACGAAGGAAUCGGUUACAUGAAGCUUUAGACUUGACAAAACAAUGGUCCGAAGUUGUAACACCAUUAAAAGUUUGGCUUGAAUUCGCUGAAAAAUCACUUCAACAAUUGGGAAAAGUCCCGACGGAGGAAAAACAAUUAAAAGAGCAGAUGGAUGCUCAAAAAGAGCUAUUAAAUGAAAUUGAAAGAAAACGUCCAGAAUUCGACCUGAUUAUUGAUUUAUAUCCACAGUUAGCGCAGUUCACUUCAGUUGAUGAAGCUGCAGAAUUAGAAAUAAUUGCCAAAUCAUUUGCUGCUCGAUUUCUUGAUUUAUCUACGCGAACUAAUGAAUGUGGUGAUCUUCUUCACCAGGUCGCUGAAGAAAUUUACAAAUUUUUGGAUCAUACUAAUACCUUAAAUGAUUGGCUUGAUAAUGUUGAAGAUGAUAUGGAUAAGUUGGAAAGUAUUUCGAUAUAUCCGGAAGAACUAAUUGAACAAAGCUCUUUCUUAACCGAGUUGGCGUUAGCAGUAACACAACAAGAAGCACUUGUAUCGAAAGUAGUUGAAGAUGGUCGCGAAUUAUGUCGACAGACGACAGGCGAUCAAGCUAUUGCUUUGCAAAGUCGCAUCGAAAUUUUACGUUCUCGUUAUACUGAAUUGGCGUCGAUAACUGACACGAAAAUUGCUGUACUGAGUGAAGCAUUGCCACUAUCAGAGCGUUUUCACGAUGGCUGUGAAAUUGUUCAACAAUGGAUGGAUGCUGUCGAACAAGAUCUUCAGGAUAUAGACCAGGUUCCACUAGAGGUUCAGUCAACACUAAUUUCUCAAAUAGAAGAUGAUCUUGGAAAAUGGCGCCUCGAUGUUGACGAAAUUGGUGGUAUAUCGAAGCAGUUACAGCGAUUGUGUGAUGCACCUCGUGCUGAUGAACUUGAAGCUCAAACUGAUGAUCUAAGUCGUCGGUUUAGUCAACUUGCAGAUCGGGUUACUCGCAAGGCUGAGAAAUUGCUUUCUGCUGAGAAACAAAGUCGACAAGUUCUCGAUGAACUUGAUUAUCUAAAUGAGUGGUUCGCAGAUGCUCGUGAAAGGCUAAUGAAUGCUUCUGCUCCCGCUAUUGAUCCUGAAUAUGUUAAAAAACAGCUGAAGAAUCAAAGACAAAUGAAUGAAGAUAUAGCGAUCAUGAAAGCAAGGCUAAGAGAUGCAGCUGCUGAUGCGCGAAAAAUUUCGCGAGCCUUAGGUGAUGAAGUCACUGGUCAAGAUUCCUUACUAGCUACCAAAAUUGAGUCAGGAAGAAAUUUGUCAGCGGAUGCAGCACGUAUGGGCGAAGAUCGUCUUGCAGAUCUUGAGCAAGCUUUAGCUUUAUGUCAAGAAGUCGAUCAAUCAUUUGGUGAAUUGCAUAGUUGGCUAGAAAAAAUUGAAAAUGAAAUUGAUAAUUGUCCUACUGUUUCAACAGGCAAUCAAAGAGAGCAACUUCUAAAACAACAAACGCAUAAUGCGGAGUUACAACUGUUGGUACAAUCACAAAAGCCCUUAAUGGAUCGUUUCCAAAAAACGGUUAAUGCCUUAAAGGAAUUAUGUGAUGUUGACGAUGGUUCACAGUUAGAAAAAAUAGCUGAAGGAAUAGAGGAAAGAUAUGAAGCAAUAAAGGAAGCGAUUAAGCAGCGUGCAGAGGCGCUUGAAACAGCCAUAGAGCAUACCAGCAGAUUUAGCGAUCGACUUGAUGUAAUUCUAUCAAAUCUUGGAGGAACAGCAGCUCAGAUUCGUAACGCGGAUUCGAUUUCGGCAGAUCCGGAUCGUAUUCGUUCGCAGAUUUCUGACAAUAUAUCAUUGAUGGAAGAAUUGAAACAUAAGGAAGGAGUAUUAUUAUCAGUGAAAGAACAAGCUCGAGAAAUCAUGGAAAAAGCUAAAUUGAAUGAUACUGCUGUAGAUGAUAUCAGUGCGAAGAUCGAAGCUCUUGAUCAUUUGUGGUUGGAACUCAAUGGAAGUCUAUCCAAUCGAGGAAGUUUGUUGGAAGAAACACUCAUCAAGGCUGAACAAUUUUGGACUGAAUUACAAAAAUGUCAAAAGGCCGUCGAUGAUCUUCGUUGUGCAAUUGAAGCCAUACAACCUGCAACUGGCCAGCCUUCUAUAAUUGAACAACAAAAAAAUACUCUUAUGGUGAUCGAAGGUGAAAUUCGAGAACAUGAACCAUUGAUGAUGCAAAAUUUGCGUGUAGCUGGACAAGAUCUUUGCGAAGUUGUAGAUGCUGAAGAACGGUCUUAUGUUGAGCAACAAAUUGAUGUUGCGCAGAAUAAUUGGGCUUCUAUAACUGAUCUUUUUGUGCGAAAAAAUACUGAUUUGAUUGAUGCCAUGGAAAAAGCAAUGGAUUUCCAUGGUUUGUUAAAUGAAAUACUUAAUUACUUAAGUAAUAUGGAAGGAAAGGCUGCAAAUCUUGCUCCAGUUUCUGGAAUAAAUUUGAAUGAAAUCAGAGAUGAGCUCAACAAAGUAAAUGAAUUACGAGCAUUACUCGAUGAAAAGGCACUACAAAAGGAACAACUUAAUCAAUUGUGUGCUGGUUUAUGUGUUGGCGCUCAAGUGAAUCAUUCAUCUGCUAUUAGAAUGCCUAUCAACGAUUUGAAUUCGCGUUGGAAUCGAUUAUAUAGUUCACUAAAUGAACGGCAACAGCAAAUGGAAAGGGCUCUUUUAGAAAUGGGGCAAUUUUCACAGGCUUAUGAUCAAUUAAUGAAAUGGAUAGAAAAAACGGAAACUGUCCUAGAUGAAAUUGAUCCUCGUCCAAGAAAUUUGAAGCAAGCAGAAAUUGAAAUAUGCAAACAUAAAGUUGUACAAAAUGAUAUUCUUGCGCAUGAGGGAAGUGUUGAUACUUUAAAUUUGGCUGCUAAGCGAAUACUUACUGCUGAUCCGAAUUCUGCAUCUAUUACUCAGCCAAAAAUCGAUGCACUGAAUGCACGUUGGCACACGCUAGUUGAUAAACUGGAAGAUAUAUGGGAACAACUAAAUGAAUCACGAAAAGCUGCUGAAAAUCUUGGCGGCGAAAUAGAUAAAUGGUUUCUUUGGCUUCAAGAUAAGGAUGCUGAUCUAUCACAUGCAAAAGCUUGUGGUGGAUUGCCAGAAACUGCUCUCGCUCAGUUGGACGAUUUUCUUGUUUUGAAAGCCGAAAUCGAGCAAAAUCGUGCCGAGUUAAAUGCUCACAUUGAAAAUGCUGAAAAAUAUUUAUUGGAGAACUUCGAAAAUGGAGAUACAUGGGUGGCACAACGUGAAGUACAACUGAAAAAGAAAUGGGUACAAGUGCAGGAAAAGAUGAUUGAUCGUGAACAAAAAUUAAGAAUAGCAUUAGCAGAUGCAGAGGAAUUGCAUAGCUCAAUGGCUGUAAUGAAUGAAUGGUUAUCGUCUGCGGAAACUCGAUUGGGAAGACUACAACCCGUUUCGCGUAUUCCUGGAACUCUGGAAAAGCAAAUUGCGGAACAGUCGUCAUUCCAAUCAGAAAUAUCUGUUCAUCGUGAAUUUAUGACUGAUAUACAUAGUAAAGGUACAAAAAUGCAGUAUUAUUGCGAGAAGAAAGAUGCUAUUCCUAUAAAAAAUCUUUUGGUAUCAAUGAAGCAUCGUUUCGACAAAAUUAUCUCCCGUUGUACUGAUCGAACAAAGCAACUCAAUUCGGCUUUACAAGAAUCUCAAAUAUUUUUCAGUGCUUGUACCGAUCUUAUCGAAUGGAUUGAUAGAAGCACAAUAUGGCUUAAUGAACAAACCGUGCAGGUAACGUCGGGUGAUCGUGUUAGAGAAGCAUUAAGCAAACACAAGGAAUUCCAACAAGAAUUGAAUGAUAAGCAACCGAUUUAUGAUUCAAUUUGCAAAAAAGGUAAAUCAUUAUCGGAGCACGCUCCUCGCGAUGAACAAAACAGUCUUAAUGAAAUUAUCGAAAAUUUACGGAAAAAAUGGUCUCAAAUUUGUAGUUCUGCAUUGCAGAGCGGAGAAUUUGAUGAAGCCUUAUCAUCGCUUACAGAAUGUUUAGCAAAGGAAUUGCCAAUUCUUCGAGAAAACGAGAAAAUUAAUGUGCAUGGUGACUUGGAGACUGUAAAUCAGCUAUUCGAUGCGCACAAAUCUCUUUGUGAGCAAAUUGAAUCUCGCCAAUCAUCGAUGGAAUCAGUUCGACGACGUGCUGAGCAAAUAUUCCAAUGUAAAGAUGAUACAGAAUCACUGAAAGGUCUUCAAGAAAAACUUGAAAAAUUGGAUGUUGAUUGGACUGAAUUCAAUACACUAGCGAAACAACGUAGCGCUCGACUUGAAGAAGCUUUAAACGAGGCAAAGAGUUUCGAUUGUGAAGUGCAUUGGAUUCUGGAGUUCUUACCGUGUAUAGAAGCACGAGUGCGUGCAAAAAGUAAUAUUGUCGAGGACGAAAAUGAAAUUUUGGAGCAGAUGGAUGAGAUUGCACAAAUUCGUAAACAGAUGGAUGAUGAACAAUCACGAAUGGAUUCAGUUUUAACAGCUGGUCAUAAUAUUCAGUCUAAAUGUCAUCCAGAUGCAGAGCAAAAUAUGAGAUGUUGGAUUCGAAUUUUGCAAACGCGCUGGGAUGAAGUAUCGCAGAUGAUUGAUGGAAAACGAGAUGAUCUUGAGAAGCAUCUUAAUGAGCUUCGCAAUCAAGAAUGCCUAAUUGCUGACCUGCUGAAAUUUAUCAGUGUAAAAGAUGCUGAGCUUAAAAUUUUGGAUACUGGGCCACUGCCUGAGGAUUCUGAUGUUAUCAAAAGAUUGAUAGACGAUCAUGAAAACUUCGAAAUGGUUUUACGUGAACACCAACCACAAAUCGACGAUGCAACGAAAUCGAGAAAGAGAGUAGAAACGGAAAUCAAAGCUAGAAAUUCGAAUGUAUUUCCAAGGCGUGAACGCUCUAUUCGUCAUCCGAAGUCUGAACAGCUUUCUGAUCGUUGGAAGAAACUGUGGAUAGAUUCAAUGGAUUAUGGUCGUAGACUUCGUGAGAUGAAGGAAUAUUUGGAUGAGGUUAAAAGAUUAGAGUCAUUUUCUUUCGAAGAGUGGCGCCAGCGAUACCUUGAGUGGACAGAUUCUGGAAAAUCGCGUAUCUCAGAUUUGUUCCGGAGAAUUGAUAAAAGUGGCACGGGGCGAGUACCACGAAUCGCAUUUAUCGAUGGAAUUAUUGCUUCAAAGUUUAAUACCACACGACUGGAGAUGCAAAAAGUCGCUGAUGUAUUCGAUAAAGGCGAUGGAAUGAUUGACGCCAAAGAAUUUAUGUCAAAACUGCGUUAUGAUUAUAGAAAGAAAAUGCCAUCGAAACAAAAGACUGACGGAGAAAAGAUUAGUGAAGAAGUUUUACGGCAAUCUGAGCAGUGCAAUUGUUAUAAUCCAUACAAAAUUCAGAAAGUGGGAGAAGGUCAUUAUCGAUUUGGUGAUACUCAAAUAAAGCGAAUGGUUCGCAUAUUGCGAUCAACUGUUAUGGUUCGUGUUGGUGGAGGUUGGGUUGCUCUUGACGAAUUUCUCCAUAAGCAUGAUCCAUGUAGAGCGAAAGGGCGCACAAAUAUCGACUUACAAAGAUGUUUUUACGAUGAUGUUCGACCUGAAGGUGCUUAUGACACCAUGGAAGUUUUUACAAAGACAAGUCGUUUAACACCGAAUCGUGAUACACCGUUGCUGAAUUUCUCUGAUUCACUAAUGUCAACUCGAUAUAAUAUAACUCCCGGUCCCAUUACCAAAAUUCGCGAAAAGACUGAACGAAGUAUGCCAAUGUAUAAUCCAAGACGUGCUUCAAAUUUUUCGCAUAAUUCUCCAUUAAUUACUCCUCAUUCUAGUAGAAGACAGAGUGAUGUUACACAUGGAUCUCAAAGUGAUAUAUUUAACAUAUCGCGAUCGGAUAGUAGAUGUUCCGAUAUCUCGGAAAAUUUCGAAAGACCCACAAGAAUUCCUUCAUUACGAGGUAAGAAGGGAAUUGGCUAUGGUUACUCUUCGCGAACGAAUUCACAAUCGCAUUAA